UGUCUGCAUAGUAAUUUCUGUUCGGAAACUUUGUAUUUACUUCCGGUCCUUUCUUUUUUCAACAAUUUCUUAAGUUUUUAGCCGUCUAUAAUAAUAUGGGGAAGAGGAAAGAAUCUGGUACAGAGGAAGAACUAAUCAUCGAUUCUCCUCCAGGAAGCUCACACAAGAAACACAAAAAACAUAAGAAAAAGCAUAAAAAGAAAAAGGAAGGUGAUCUCGAAGAAUUGUCAUCACCAAAACCAUCAAUAAAACUGAAAUUGAGAAUUGGAGGUGAAACUUUGGGAACUAAAAGUGUACAAACAAUAAACAAAGAAUCAUCAGAUGAGUCACAAGAUCAGAUUAUAGAUGUCAUGAAUGAUUCCUCGGCAUCAACAGAAAUCAAGGAGGAACCAACAGAGAAGAAACCAGAUGUUGAUACAUCAGAUGAGGAGAAACAAUGGUUGGAUGCUCUGGAGAAAGGCAACUUAGAUGAUUCUGGUAUGCUCAGGAGAAGUAAAGAUCCGAAAAUGUUAACUGCUAGACAGAGAGCAUUAUUUCAUGGAGAUCAACAAGAAUUGAUGCAGCUCCCUUCAGGUUAUAGACAGGUAGAAUUAACAGAAGAACAAAUGGCAAAGAGACAACAGAGAGCUAAGAAAAGAAGACAACAAGCUCAUGAGAAAAGAGAAAAAGAUAAAAAACAAACACUUGACAGACUGCUGAAGAAACAGGACUCUAAAAAUAAAUCAAUGAAGACCAAAAGUUCAAAAAAGAGUACUGCUCCCAAAGUACAUUAUGUCAAUAAUCAACAUGGAAUAUCAAUAUCAGUACCAACAGGGAUACAGUUUCCUUUCACUACAGAAAAAGCUAGUCCCUGUAAGCCAAAGACAUGUUGUGGUGUAAAAGGAUGUUCAAAUCUAAAGAAAUAUUCUUGUUCUAAGACUGGUGUACCCCUGUGUAGUUUACAGUGUUAUAAAACAAACAUAUCUGUGUGUAAUAGACCAAUCAAAAUAGAAGUUGUAUGAUCAAUGUUAGCUUGGAGAAGGCAGCUUUAGUGAUUCCAAGUUAAUAGAUAUGUUGAAUGAAGGAGAAAGUAAAUUGUCAUAAUAUGCUGUGUGCUCAUGUUAUUUUACAAGUUGGUGAAGCAGUUGAAAUUGUUUUCUCCAUUGACUUUAUCUGGUAAGGAAGGAACAAUUGAAGGAUAUGUUAGUGUUGGUUGUUGCAGGACUUGUUUUUGUUAAGAAUCGUGUAUGCCGGGUACAAGAUAUUUGUUAAUGGUCAUGUUCUAGUGCUGAAUAUGGACAGGAAUAGAGAGACAUCAUGACACU